AUUCCAGGCGCUGGGAAAAAGGGGAAGACUUUUCCUGCUGGGAUAAAAGCUAUAUUUUACGUCAUGGUACUACAAACUUGAAGUGUGUGUUGAUUUGAAUCAUAUAACGGUCGCAUGGUGUUGUUUUUAAACAGAUCACGUCCCAGUGUAGCGAGUUAGCCACGUAGCUAACGAUACGUAGCCCCCCAGUGGGAAGACAUUCAAAAUGGCGGAGGGCUGGCCCGUGGCUUCGGCCCUUGUUUUCAUGCUGCUGGGUGUGAGUGUCUGGGCUCUGGAGACUUGUCCUGCUCCGUGCUCGUGUUCAGGAGGACCAGGUGAGGUCCGUGUGCUGGACUGCAACAGGAGGAGGCUGCAGACGGCUCCUGUGGACUCACCGGACGGGACGACACAUGUCACCAUGAAUCACAAUGAACUGACUGUUCUCCCCUUUCUUGGAGAUGUGUCCUCAAAUAUCACCUCGCUUUCAUUAGUCCACAAUCGGAUCUCAGAACUGUUGAUGCAUCAGCUGCAGCCAUACGUUUCCUUGGAGACGCUGGAUCUGACAUCCAACUCAAUCUCAGAGCUCAAAGUCGGAUCUUUCCCCUCCAUGCAGCUGAAAUAUCUGAAUUUGAGUAAUAACAAGAUCAGCGUCCUCGAGCCCGGCUGCUUUGAAAACAUCUCCAGCUCCCUGCUGGUGCUGAAGCUGAACAGGAACAGAUUAGCCGUGCUGCCAUCCAAAGUCUUCAAACUUCCACAGCUCCAGUUCCUUGAAAUGAAGCGUAACAAGAUCAAGAUCGUGGACAGUCUGACAUUCAAAGGGAUGGAGGCACUGAGGUCACUGAAGAUGCAGAGGAAUGGCAUCACUAAGCUCAUGGAUGGAGCCUUCUUUGGACUUAACAACAUUGAAGAACUAGAGCUGGAGCACAACAACCUCACAGAGGUCAACAAAGGCUGGCUGUAUGGACUGCGCAUGCUGCGUGUCCUGCGGGUCAGCCAGAAUGCUGUCGGCAUCAUCCGACCGGACGCCUGGGAGUUUUGCCAAAAGCUGGAGGAACUAGACUUGUCCUUCAAUCAUCUGACUAGACUCGAGGAGACGGCUUUUGUAGGAUUAGGUCUCCUGGAGAGCCUGAACCUCGGAGAAAACUCCAUCAGCCAUUUGGGAGAGGGAGUGUUCGGCGGCCUGUCAAGUCUUCGCACCCUAGACAUCCGUAAUAAUGAAAUCUCCUGGGCCAUUGAAGACUCCAUCGGUGUGUUUGAUGGAAUGAAGAAGCUGAAUACACUAAUCAUACAGCGGAACAAAAUCAAAUCUAUCACCAAGAAAGCGUUUGAGGGCCUUGAGGAGCUGGAGCACCUGGACCUCAGCAAGAAUGGCAUCAUGUCGAUACACCCCGAGGCGUUGUCCCAUAUGAAGCUCAAAGUGUUCGUCCUGAACACGAGCAGCCUGCUGUGUGACUGUCACAUGCAGUGGCUGGGGCCCUGGCUGACUGUCAGCCAGUUCCAGCAGUCUGUCUCCGCUAUCUGUGCUCAUCCCGCCAGCCUACUCGGUCACAAUGUCCUGUCCAUCAGCCCGGAAGAGUUUGUCUGUGAUGAUUUCCCCAAGCCUCGGAUCACAACUCACCCGGAGACGUACGUGGCGAUGCGGGGGAACAACGUGACCCUGAGCUGCGUCGCGACCAGCAGCAGCGACUCGCCGAUGGCCACAGCUUGGCGGAAGGACGGGGAGGUGCUGUACGACGCGGAAGUGCAAAACUACGCCCGCUACCAGGAGGGAGAGCUGAGCUACACCACUGUGCUGCACCUCCUCAAUGUCAACUUCACUGACGAGGGGCGCUACCAGUGUGUGGUCUCCAAUCACUUCGGCUCCAACUACUCCAACAGGGCCAGGCUCACUGUGAACGAGCUGCCAUCAUUUCUAAAGACUCCCAUGGAUCUGACAAUCCGGACUGGGACCAUGGCCAGGCUGGAGUGCGCCGCUGAAGGCCAUCCAUCACCCCAGAUUGCUUGGCAGAAGGACGGAGGCACCGACUUCCCGGCCGCCCGGGAGCGCAGGAUGCACGUGAUGCCAGACGAUGACAUCUUCUUCAUCGCUAACGUGAAGACAGAAGACAUGGGCGUGUACAGCUGUACGGCUCAGAACGCAGCUGGCAGCCUGUCUGCUAACGCUACUCUCACCGUCCUGGAAACUCCAUCCUUCAUGCGGCCGCUGGAAGACAGAACCGUGGCUCGCGGCGAAACUGCCGUUCUGCAGUGUAUAGCAGGAGGCAGCCCGGCCCCCCGGCUCAACUGGACCAAAGACGACGGGCCUCUGCUGCUCACCGAGCGCCACUUCUUCGCUGCAGCCAAUCAGCUCCUCAUCAUAGUCGAUGCCGGUCCCGCCGACGCCGGGAAAUACACCUGCAUCAUGUCCAAUACUCUGGGAACGGAACGAGGCCACAUCUACCUGAGCGUCUCACCGUCACCCAACUGUGAAACCGGCACGGGAUACGACCAGGACGGCUGGACCACCGUGGGCAUCGUGGUGAUCGUGGUGGUGUGUUGCGUGGUUGGGACCUCGCUGGUCUGGGUCAUCGUCAUCUAUCACAUGCGCAGGAAAAGCGAGGACUACAGUAUCAGCAACACAGACGAGAUGAAUUUGCCAGCAGACAUCCCCAGCUACCUGUCCUCUCAGGGAACUUUGUCGGAGCCUCAGGAAGGCUACAGUAACUCUGAGGCCGGCAGCCACCAGCAGCUCAUGCCUCCCCUCUCCAACGGAUACGUCCAUAAGGGCACAGAUGGUGUGUGUUAUGGAGACACGGCAAACGAGGUGGAAGCUGAAGGGAACGGCAUGCUGCACUGCAGGGUCGGCUCUCUGUUCACCGGCCGGAGCAGCUUCCACCCUGGAGAGCCCCGCGACGGAAUGGCUGGACUGCCCUCAGGCGGUGGUCCGGGUCAGCUGGUCAUCUGCUCCGACUGCUACGACAACGCCAACAUCUACUCUCGCACGCGGGAGUACUGCCCCUACGCCUACCUGGGGGAGGACGACCCGCUGGACAAGACUCUGCCGGGCCUGAAGGAGAGCUUCGCGGAGAAGGUCCAGCACGAGGACGCCGCUCUGGAGAGCCUCAUUAGCAACCUGGACUCCUCCUCCUCCGACUUCCUCACCCCACAUGGCAAAAGGCUGAGCAGCCACACUCCCCCGCAGCACUACGCUAAUGAUUUCCUCAGCAGGUCCUUCUGGGGCGAAGGGGAAGGUCCGUCCACAAAACCCCCACCAGGCGCGUCCCAGCACCCGGUGACAGUACACAGGACACCACCUCUGGGCUCCACUGCCGACGGGGCGGAGGAGCGGAGUGAGGCGGAGGCGGACUGUUUUCCCAGCCGAUGCACACAGGACCACAGAAGUGCCUCUAAUAGGACUAACCCUCAGGAGAAUCCUGCUCCCUCAUAGGUCCUCACACUCCACCCACGUUCUGCCUCUGAAUCCCCCUUGCUGCAACCCCCAUCCACCUCCCCCCCCCACACACCUUCCCUCCCUUCACCCACUACCUCCAAAGAGACUCCUCACAUUCUGCCAAAGAUGCUCUCUUGUAUGUUUACAUUCCCCCUUUUCACUCAAGAGGACAAACAAACGUUCUCGACUGUGGAGAGGAUGCUGGAGAGAAGAGAAAAAAACGAAAAACGGACCAGCGACCUCGAUUUACCUCCUCCUUGACACCUCCACCUCUGCAGGAACCCGUCUUUUGUUCCUCCCACAUCCUCCACUCUUCCUUGUUCUCUCUUCUAGAGAAAAGCUAUGAAUGUAUGCUUUAAAGAGCCAUGUCGGAUGCUGCCGCGAGAGAACGCCGAGACGUGGCGGAGUCUUCACGAGCCCUCUCUCUCUCUCCUCCGUCCCCGCCGCCGUGGAGCUGACAUUUUGUUGCGCCGGUGUGACGUCGCGCUGGCAGUUUUUGCCUCAUCAUUCCCGCUACGGACACCUGUCGGAGCAGCUUACGUGACUAGAAGAUACAAACCACCUUUUUCCAGAGGAAGGGAGGUUUAGGCAGGAGACGGGUGCAGCUCCCUGACCAGCAGUUUGUGGUUGUUAAAUAUAGGAAAGAACAUUUAAAACACGCGCCCUACAUUCCCACAGCCGUCCCGACUGACUCCAAACUAUGCUGUCUGGUAUCUUGUUAUGCAAAUCCCAGAGACAUUGACACCAAAAUGUGGUGUAUAUUAUGAAUAUAUAUAUAUAUAUAUGAAUAUAUAGCCUAUAUCAUCUUUAUCCGAUCUUGUUUUUUUGUCCUAUGUCAAACGCAAUUGCUAAUUCCUUCAUUUCAUGUCUUGGUAAUGAUGAGCAGUUUGGGGAGAAAGCGUAAACAUUUUUUUUUUUGCACAUGUGACAAUCAUGGUUUGGCUGCCUAUUUUCUAAUGGUUGUCUAUUGGAUGGCCUUUUUAAACAAGCAUUCUCAGAAACCUCGAUCAGGUGACAUUAAGGCAUAUAUACAGUAUGCACUGAUUGGUUCCACCCCCCCCCCCUUAUCAUAUCUUAAAGGCACUUGAUUUAAUGGUGGUAAACUAUUUCGAUGCAGUGUGCAUGCCGUUUUACAUUGUGAGGAUUUAUCGUCACAGUUUUAUCUCAAAAACGUUCCUGAUCCUUCCGUAGAUAUUGAUUUAAGCCUAGGUUUUUUUUUAACUUGGGACUGUGAAAAAAUGAGAAUGUAUCGUAUUAUUUUAUACAUAUAUGUAUGUGUACAUAAGGCUGGUAAUCUAUUCAAUUCCAUGUCCUACUUGUCCAUUUGCAGAGAGGUUUGAGACGUAAACUGCAGUCAUUUUCAGCCUAUUCAUGUUAAGUCCUUAUUGACUCAGCAUUUAUUACCUGUUCGUUCAGGUAACAAGAUGAACGCCUCUUCUUGAGGUGAGUUUAUUUUCUGAAAGACGGUAAACAAACAGCUGUCAGUUUCUGCAAACUGUACUCUUUUUCCACAUGCAGGCUGUUAAGUUGCUUUGAAGAUUUUUGAAAAUGUAAAUGCCUCUCAUGUAAAAGAACGUGGCCUUGUUUUAUCUGGUUCGAUGAGUUUUCCUUAAAAAAAAAAAAAUUCCUCUUGAUUAUUGCACUUCAAAGUUGGCGUUGGUUUUGACUGUCAAGAAAACGCAAAUAACACUUAGUUGCUGGGUUAUCUAGCACACAAAGCUAAAACUAAUGCAGACAUGCAAUAAAUCCAACCUUUAUGAAUGUUCAAGUUUUCAAAAUUGUUUUAGAGAGGUGUUUAUUAAAUCUGAUGUUCAUUUUGGAGGAUGUAGUUUGUAUACUUUGUGUUUAUAUUAUUUUGUCCACCCCGUUGAUGUCAGUGAGGGUGGGCAACACCUUUCUCAAACAGUCUCAACAACUAAACCUUCUUGAAGGUUUGGAUUUAUUUCAGGACCUUAGUUUUAGCUCUGGGUUCCUAAUAAACAGACGGAGUGUGAACGUUUAUUUCUGUUCUCAUCACUUCCUGUAUGUUGAUAAUCAAUACUGCUACAUUCUGCUCUUUUGUUUUGCGGCGUAAUGUCACAAAAUACAAUACAAAUGAUUGUUUCUUUGUAUCGCUGCUGCUCAAAAUUGACAACCUGUAUGUUUUGUCUCAGUGGUACGUGCAGAUGUGAACUGCAGAUGGAAGCAGUUUUUUUUAUGUUUUCAGGAUGUUUUCAAUUUCAUCCCCCCUUUGAACGAUUGAGAUAUUCAAAUAAGAACUCGCAGUGAUAAUUCAUCCUAAUGGAGCUGCUUGUCAGAGAGAGGGGGGGCACACACAUCGAUUCACUGUUCAAUAUUUUCUGCCAACACAGCAUAACGUAAUGUGCAUUAGCAUUGUUUUAUUCUCCCAACGUCCUUUAUGACUUUAUACCAAAGUUUAGCAGUAAAAAGCUCUGGCAAUAUCCAAUGCUGCUUUCGUAAUUUUUUUUUUUUUUUUUUUGUAUUGUUGAAGUUUUAACAUUUUAUUUUUCAGUCGUGUUUUUGGACCUUGUUUACCUGUACAUUCUGUAAAGCAUGUGUAAAGAGCCUUUUUUUGUUACGUAGCCAUUACUAUGACA